ACGACAUAGCUUCAGUAUACCGCGACAACUCGCCCGGUCAAAACGAAAUAUAAUCCGAAGUGAUCAGUAAACUUGGUAAAUUCGUUAGACUCUAUUCAAGAAGAAUUGUGUAGUAACUAUGUAUAUAUAACCACAUACCGCUUGUGCGACGAACCAGUGAAUACAAAUAGGAACUGUUACAAAAACGAGAUUGACACUGAUAUUAGAUAAAUUAUGAACGUACAUAUUGUACAAUAUGCAGCGGUUGCAAUUAUUUGUAGCUUGGCAUCCGUCACGUUCUGCAUGAUGGCACAGAAUAAGAGGAAAAGACUACAGGCAAAAAGCAGAGAGAAUGAUAUAAAAACACGAGAAUGCAAAUUACAAGGUUUCACAAAUCAUACUUUAUCGAAAAAUGUAAAGAAUCACAAACGUCAUCAGUCAUCGAAAUGGGUAAAAAUUGGUAAGGUUACGAAUCUUCACGCAUAUCCGUUGGUAUCAGGCAGACCAAGUGCCGUUGAGGAAUGCCAAGUAAAAUUUGAAGGAAUGUACAUGUUCAAGUACGGCAAAUUGAUAAAUUGGGACCGAGCAUUUGUAGUGUACAAUAUGAAUACCAAAUGCAUAAUGACCACCAGUAAUUUCCCAUCACUACAUGAAGUGAACUUGUCGAUCGAGGACAAUUAUAUAAUGUUACAAGCCGCCGAGAUGCCUACAUUAUGCAUCAAGCUAAAUGAUAAUGAAAUUAUCGAGUGUACUUAUUGGUGCUGUGAGAAUAUACCACUCCCAAAAUUUGUUUGCUCCGACUGCGGUGACGAAGCGGCUCAAUGGCUAUCCAAAUUUUUAUGGGGACGAGAUACCGGGGUACGUUUGGGAUACACGAUAAACGCCGUCGGUUGUAUGGGUAUAUACUGGCAACUUGUACUCAGGAAUUGUAUAUUAUACCAGAAGACGAAUCAAAUUAAAUGCAACUGGAACUCAUUUAUAAAUGUGUUACAUAGCGUGUUAAUAUCACCUGUACCGUACGACAACAUAACUGAUAUAUUGAAAAUGUUUGAGCCAGGCGAGAUAAUUUGUCCAAACAUUGUUAUUAUGACGUCGAAUAUUAUUAUGGAGAAGAAAUGGGAGUGGAUCAAAAUCGGCAACGUAAUCAUCAAAAAUACUCAACAAUUAGUUUGGUCGAGGAAAAGUCCGAAAAUUGCGUACAUGAAAUUAUUUGGUUUGGGAUUUAAUUGUGAAUUAUAUCACACGGGAUGUGUUAAAUUAAAUGACAACGUAUACCUUCAUAUUGCCGACGAUGAAAGUAUAGAGGAGAACAAGAUAGAAGAUAUUAAGAUAAAGAAAAAGUCUACUUAACGCGUUGCUUUCAAUAUCGCUAUUGUUUUAUACUAUGUUGUAUUAUUGGUUAUUGGUCUUUGUUAAUUGCUUGUAAACUUAAUUGCAAAACGAUUUAUACAAUGAAAUUAUACAAUGAAAUAAGGAGUUCCUCAAAUUUUUAUGAUUUAGUUACCACUGAUAGGCGCAUAUGCAGUAAUUGGUUGGGAUAGAAGCUAAAGCUUUAGUACACGGUGUAAAUUUUGGAUCUUUAUUACUUAUCCGGAAGAUUUAUUUGAAAAAUGACACUGUAAAAAUACGUUUUUGCUAAAACAGCGUUGCUACUUCCGUUGUUGUGACAUUGAAUGUUUCAUAUACUAUCAUUUUAGUUUUUAUUAUAACCGAUUACUGUACAAACCCAUCAGCAGCAGCUCUUAAUCGUAAUAAUUUGACGAGUACUUUAUUGUGUCUAAAUCGUUUUGAAAAUAUACACUUGUUUGCAUAACAAUUUUCGUAAAUAUUUUCUGAUGAAAUCAGGAACACAUCAAAUGGUCACAAUUGCGAAUCACCACUUACGAGCUUGAACGCUAAUUAGGAGCUAAUUAGUGGCAACAUAUAGGACAACUGACGUUGCAAAUACCAUGAGGGAUUUAUGAAAAACGUAAGUAUCUUUAUUAUAUUAUCAUCUAUCAGGUGUAAAUAUAAUAAAAAUAUUUGACUCUCUCUC